GGGCACCAAGCUAUUAUAAGACCGCAGACGAUAAUGAUGGAACUGAAAUUGCAGAAGAUUGUGUAGUUAUAAUAACAGGCAACAACGCUAAAUUUGGUCAAUGGGAAGAUUUACCUUGCUCUAAACAAGAAGGUUAUGUGUGUAAGAAAAAUGUUGAUGAAAGAAAUGGCACCACUACUACAGAGAUGCCCCCAUAUAUCGCAGAAACAGACAUUGUGGAGGUCUAUCAAAAACCAACUUAUCGUGCCGACUUUAAAUCUGUUGACCUGUUUGAGAUGGGUGUACGAGUGAUGAAUUACUUCAGAUUUUCAGUGAAAACUAAAAGAGAUGCUCAUGUUUUACUGCAGAAUAAACGAACAGAUUUUACAAAUGAUGUCUACAAAGUAAUCAUUGCUGGUUGGUGUGGUGGAAAGUCUAUUAUAUUUCAUGCUGGAAAGAGUGUUGAGUAUUUACAAACUGGAUUAGUAUCGGCAGAUACAUUUACCUGGUUUUGGAUAACAUGGACUUCAAAACAUAUUCAAGUGGGAAUUUCAGAGGAGGUUGGAAAGAAUAUGAUCUUAACAUUCAAAGAUGAAAUAAGCGACAUAAAUUAUGUAUCAAUUGGAACGGACUGGAGUACCGAUGCUUAUUGGCGUAUUCCUAAAGGUGAUAAAUAUUACGGUUGCCCUGGUAAAGGAUGGAUAGGUCACAAAGGCUCUUGUUAUCUUGUUGUUCAGGAGGAACUUGACUGGAACAGUGCAAAUGAUUUUUGUCAUAAAGAAGUUUCUGAACUUGCAAGUAUAAAAGAUGAAAAUGAGCAAAGUUUUCUAUUUAGUCAGCUUCCUCAAGAUAGUUAUUGCUUCAAUACAUUUCACAAUAAUACGAUGUGUGACAAAUGGGCAGAGUUCGGAGAAUGUGAACGGAACCCGGUAUGGAUGGCCACAAACUGUCACCUUGCUUGUAAACAUUGUAUGCACAAUUGUAGGGACAUAUAUAAAAGCUUUAAGUGUUUAGAAUGGACGAAACAAGGAGAAUGUGCAAGAAACCCAAGAUGGAUGCUUAGAAAUUGUGCAAUGUCAUGUGGGGUUUGUCAAGGAGCACCGACACGAGGUUAUUGGAUAGGUUUGCAAAGCACUGGAAUGGACCAAAGUUACAGAUGGUCAGAUCAUAGUGAAGUUACACAUACGAAUUGGAACACUCAUCAGCCCCUCUGGUUUAACCUUCGACCUCGAAGCUGCGUCGCCAUGUUCGUGCAAAAUGGCCAAUGGAAUGAUGGGCAGUGCUCUGAUCCUCUCCCAGGAUUUAUAUGUAAACAGCCAAAGAUGCUCUUGUCCAUAACAACUCAAUCACCAUUCAAAGAAGGCUGUUCUAUGAAGAAUGGGUACGGAUAUGGAGUGUACUGUUACGUUUAUGUAAAGGAACAAAAAAGUUGGGUUGAUGCGCAGAAAAACUGCGUUUCCAAAGGAGGUACAUUGGCCUUUGUUGGAGAUGCGUACAUACAGGCGUUUGUUGAUAGUGAACUGCAAAACCAACUACAAGAUUAUUGGAUAGGACUGUCGGUUACAAAUGGAAAUUGGUCUUGGGAUGGAUACCAAAUAGACGAUAUCAAGCGGACUCUGAUACACUUGGAUCGGAGUGUAAAAGUUAACGAAGUAACAGAAGGCUGCUUUGCAAUGUCAGCUAAAAAACCUAUCGGAUUAUGGAAGAUACACACCAACUGUUCUUCCGAAUUACCAUCAGUAUGUCAGGUACCAAGACCUGGAUUCACCACCACGACUCCUCCAACAACAGUAUCGUCAACUGAACCUCUUCCACCUUGCGAAGAUCCUUGGCAAUCAUAUGGGCAACAUUGCUACAAGGUAUCUGAUGAAAAACAACAAUGGCGCGUGGCCCGUGAGAUAUGUAUUCAUUAUGGUGGUGCAAUGGUCACCAUUAAUGAUGCUGAUGAAAACGAUGCUAUAAAAAGAAUGAUUGAUGAAAACACUUGGCUUGGUCUGCAUGAUACAGAAAAUGAAGGUGUGUUUGUUUGGGAAGAUGGAUCCCCGACUCUGUAUUCGUCUUGGAAUUAUAAUGAACCAAACGAUUUUGAAUCUGACGAGGACUGUGCAGUUAUUAUGGGAGGUAACGGACUUUGGAACGAUGUCAGAUGUUACUUUGUGAGACGUUACAUUUGCAAAUUACCAAGAGGAAAAAGCGUAAAUAAAGAUCCGCCUAAGAUAAGCACUUUCCAAGCGUGUGAUGAAAGUAGUCCUGAUGACGGGUGGAAAGUCUUUGGUGACUAUUGUUACUUUUUUGGUUAUAAUGAACCACUAACCUGGCAUGAAGCAAAUGCAAACUGCUUGGACAAAGGCAGUAAUUUAGUCAGCGUUCAUUCUGAAGAGAAAAAUCGUUUCUUACUAAGCAUGGCAUCACAAGAACUUGGUGUGUAUUGGAUUGGUUUUAAUGACUUAGAUCUCGACAAUAGAUUUAGUUGGAGCGAUGGAUCUGUCGUUGAUUUUACAAAUUGGGCAAGCGGGCAACCAAAUUAUGGCGGAGAGAGGUGUGUCACGUUUUACUAUCAUGGAUCAUGGCACGAUUAUCCAUGUAGCGACCGAAGACCGUAUAUUUGCAUGAAAAGAAAGGAUCGUGAUACCAUGUCGACAACAACACCAGCAAAAGUAGUAAUAAAUGGAGGAUGUCCAGAAGGAUUCAACCACACAUUCGGCAACAAAUGUUUCUACUUUAAUUUUGAUGACAAAACAUACUGGGCCCAUGCAAAAGAUAAAUGCGAAAUGAUACGAGGGCAUCUACCAAGUAUUCACUCUGAAAUCGAAAAAGAUUUCAUAGCUUUGAACGUUUAUGGAAUAUCUACUUCAGUCUGGUUAGGAAUGCAAGAUUUAAAUACUGACGGUCAUUUUGAUUGGGCAGAUAAUUCUCCCCUGGACUACUCAAACUGGGCAACAAAUGAACCAUCUAGUAAUCACUACGAUGCCAACGCACAUGAGCCAUGUGUUGAAAUGUGGACAGAUGAUGCUAAUCUUGGUUUAUGGAACGACGUAAAAUGCUCUGUUCAUAGAGGAUUUUUGUGUUCAACAUUUAAAGACCCUUCGAUGCCUAUUCUGAGUGUAUGUCCUAACGGGUAUAUUUUACUGAAACAGAUAUGCUAUAAGGUGACAGCCGCAACACAAUCUUGGAACCAAAGUCUGCAGUCAUGUUCAAGUGAUGGUGCCCAAAUGAUUUCAAUUGCUAAUCCAGUUGAUUUCAUCCUGUUAAGGGUGCUGUUAGGCUCUGUCGACCUGACUGAAGUUUGGGUAGGGGGAACUUUAAACGAUAACAAUUUACAAUGGAAUGAUGGAUCGAGUCCAACUGUACCUGCUCGAACUUCGAUAUCAACAGGAUGUCUUUAUAGCCAGACAAAUAUCUUGUCAAGUGCUGAAUGCAGCGAAAACCGUGCAGUUAUUUGCAAAAUAGAUAACAGUGUAAGCGCUUCCACUUCAUCCACUACAGCUGUUACAACCGUAACUGGGGGCCGUUUUAUCAACGCUCUACGACACGUCGUAGGCUAGUUUUUUGUCGCAGACAUGUCGCAGAACGUUAAGACCGUUUUAUUACCGUUUGUCGUAGCCUACGACGUCGUAAAAAAUGUCGCAGCUCUACGACAGGGUUAGGGCUGUCGUACGACGUUACUGUAACGUCAAGACUGGCGAUCACUGUUUACAUGUAUACAUGCUUAGCACAUUAAUUUUUAUGAAAUAACUUUUUCAGAAUAAAAAAAAACAAACAACAUAUUUCAAUUUGUUUU